GACAGGCCCAGCCCACUGCUCUUAGCUAGUUGUUUUGCCCAAUUCCUCAGCCGAUUUCGCUUCCUCGGCACCGUCCAGCGCCGCCACCGUCGGCCCCGAUCGUCUCCGGCGCCGUUUGCUCUCGGUGGAAUGGACUGCCCCAAGACGCGCGAGGCGGAGGCGGUCGCGGGGCUCCCCGACGACCCCCUCGUGGAGAUCCUCUCCCGUGUCCCCGUCAAGUCCCUCUGCUGCUGCAAGUGCGUCUCCAAGGCCUGGCGCGACCUCAUCGCUGACCCCCUCAACCGCAAGAAGCUACCCCAGACCCUAGAAGGGUUCUUCUUCGUUGUCGACGGCUGCGACGACAACUCCGAUAGUGACGAUAGAGAUGGCAAAGGCAUCGGCAGUGAUGAUGGGGAUGGUGAAAACAGGAGUGAUGGAGGCGACAGCCGGAUCUCUGUGCAUUUCAUCGACGUGUUUGGGAGACCCCCGCGUCCUGUGGACCAUUACUUCCCCUUCCUGACUGAGCUGCCUGGGACUGAGGAAAUCAUGCUCUUGGAUGGCUGCAAUGGCCUCCUCCUCUUUGGAUGUAGGCAUGGAUCAGGCAAACCAUCUAACAUGAGCUUUAUUGUCUGCAACCCUGCGACUGAGCAAUGGAUCGCUGUGCCCAAACCUGACAAGGAGUGGCCUUACUCGUCCGUGCAUUUGGUUUUUGAUCCAGCUUCCUCUUCUCACUUCCAUUUGGUCGAAAUCGAAAACAUGGUUUUGUUUGAGACAGUGCGCAUCUACUCGUCUAACUCGGAGGUGUGGAGUCCUGUCAAAACAGACUUUGGUGACCUUCACAUCAGAUAUGACUUGCACAGGAGCGCGUAUGCUAAUGGCAUGGUGUAUGUGGUCUCGUAUGAUGGAAUGAAUCAGAUACUUGUGAUGGAUGUGGAAGGCAACACAAGGAAGACCAUCCGUGCUCCCUUACAGAAGGGCAAUGGGUUCAGGCUAUGUUAUGAUUAUGUCGGCCAAUCCCAAGGGCGUUUGCAUUUGAUUUGCCAUCAUGUGGACCUUGACCUGGGUUAUGAUGAAAUCCCCCCAGAAAAUCAGAGUUAUGAAUUGUUAAUAUGUGUUCUUGAGGAUUAUGAUAGAGAAGAAUGGGUCCUGAAGGACACUGUAAGCACUUUGAAGCUGUUUGGAUCAAUAAGUCCUGGAAUGACCAAUGACUUCGAAGUGGUUACAAUUCAUCCAGAUUACAGUUUGGUAUUUCUUAUUGAUCAGCACUAUAAAGAUGAGGUUUUAGUAUCAUAUAACAUGGACAGCAAGGAAGUGUGCCGUCUCUGCACUCUUGGAACUGGUAUGUCCAUCUUUCCAUAUGUGCCCUACUUCUCAGAGUUGCCAGCACUUGAAAAUAAGCACUGAAAUUGUUGCUUGUGGGCUACUUAUUGGGACAUUCAGCUGAAA